CUCUACGAGGACGUCAUGCUGGAGAACUACAGGAGUGUGGCUUCUCUGGGAGAUGAGCAGGAAAAUAUGAGUGAUGAGGAAUUCUAUCAGUUAUUGCCAGAGAAAGUCAAGAAUGAAGAUCUGACAGAAAACUUCUGGAAUGAAGACCAACCUAAGAAACACAAAGGAAGUCACAUGGCUAGUAAACCCAUUUCUCCCCAAGAGCAGGGUUUCCAUGAACUGUUUCACACAUUUGAAGAAGCAUAUAGGUGCUUAGAGUGUGAAAUGCACUUCUCAGAUCAAAUCCAAUAUGAGAUUCAUUUGCAAAUGCACAGUGAAAAGAAGAUGCAUAAAUGCUUGGAGUGUGGAAAAAACUUCUUUUGUAGAGUAGAGCUCCUUAGAUAUCAAAGAACAUGUAAAGACGAGAAACAUUAUAACUGCUCUCACUGUGGCAAGAGCUUCCCACAGAAAUCAGAUCUUCUUCAAAAGUAUCAGAGAACUCACACAGGGGAGAAACCUUUUGAAUGUUCAGUGUGUGGAAAGAGAUUCAGUCAUAGUGGCAAUCUUCAACAGCAUCACAGAACUCACACAAAGGAGAGACCUUUUGAAUGCUCAGAAUGUGGAAAGAGAUUCAGUCAUAGUGGCAAUCUUCACCAGCAUCACAGAACUCACACAAAGGAGAGACCUUUUGAAUGCUCAGAAUGUGGAAAGAGGUUUAGUUGGAGUAACCUUCUUCAACAGCAUCAGAGAACCCACACAGGGGAGAAACCUUUUGAAUGUUCAGUGUGUAGAAAGAGAUUUCGUCAUAGUAGCACUCUUCAACAGCAUCAGAGAACCCACACAGGGGAGAAACCUUUUGAAUGCUCAGAGUGUGGGAAGAGAUUCAGUCAUAGUAGCACUCUUCAAAAGCAUCAGAGAACCCACACAGGGGAGAAACCUUUUGAAUGCUCAGAGUGUGGAAAGAGAUUCAGUCAGGGUAGCUUUCUUCAAAAGCAUCAGAGAACUCAUACAGGGGAGAAACCUUUUGAAUGCUCAGUGUGUGGAAAGAGAUUCAGUCUGAGUGGCAAUCUUCAACAGCAUCACAGAACUCACACAAAGGAGAGACCUUUUGAAUGCUCAGAGUGUGGGAAGAGAUUCAGUCAGAGUAGCACUUUUCAAAAGCAUAAAAGAACCCACAUAGGGGAGAGACCUUUUGAGUGUUCAGUAUGGGGAAAGAUUUAAUCGGAGUAGAACCCUUCAACAGCAUCAAAGAACUUACACAAAGUAGAGACCUCUUGAAUGCUCAAAGUGUAGAAUAGAUGGCCAGUCAGAGUGACCAUAUAUAAGACCAUCUAAAAGCUCACACAAAUGAGGGAUCUUUUGAAUGCUCAUAGUAUGGGAAGAGAUUCAGUCAUAGUAGCACUCUUCAAAGGCAUCAAAAAAUCUAUACAGGGGGAAAAACCUUUUGAAUGCUCAGUAUGGAAAGAUUCAUUUGGAGUAGUAAUCUUCAAUAACAUAUAAGAACACACUGAAAGGGAGAAAACUUUAGAAAAUUCAGAGGGCGGAAAGAAAUUCAGUCAGAGUGACAGAGUAUCAGAGAACUCACACAAAGUGGAAUAGGUGGAUCUUUGGAAUAGGCUUGAGUGAGCAAACCUGCAUACCAUUUUUAGAAACCAUUAUUAUCACAGAUGCAGAACUCCCAUUAGUGCUUUGACAUAUUCCCUCAGCUGCAUCAGAAAGGCUUCAUUUGCAGUCAGUGUGUGGAAAGAGAUGCAGAUAGAGUGGUAGUCUUCUGUGACUUCCUAUAAGCCACACAAAGACUAAAUCUUUUCAGUGCUCAAGAGUAUGGAAAAAUAUUCAAACAGGGUAGCAGACUUCAGUGACAUUAAAGGGCUCACGACCUUUGCUUAGUUUGUGCAAGCCAUGGAUCUGACCAGAAACAACCAGUAAACAAUAAAAUAAAGUUUUAUUGAAAGAAA